AAAUAAGGUUCUAGGGAAUUUCGGCACCUAUCAACAUCUUUCGGCGUGAUGAUGCACUUUAUGGACAACCCCUAAUAGAACUAUUGAUCGCGCUCAACAUGCGCGUCAGGUAGGUAAGUAGUAGAAAGCAUUAUGCAUGCCAUCCACCAACCUGCCACAGAGAGAGAAUAUCUGGCGUAACAUGUGAAAUGAAGUUAGGAAGCUUUCAUAUGCUAGUGAUACCUGAAUGAUUGAGUAAGCAAGACGUCGAUUCACCAAUCCGGAAAUAUACGUUCCGAUUCGAAUGAUAUUCCGUAACACAACUCUGAAAGCAAAAGUUCAUAGGUCGUUUUGGAACACUACACUACACUUCUACCUAUCGCACUAGAAAUAAAAUUGAGCGUGCGAACGAUUGUGAGAGGCCUAUCGUAAUUACCGUACGUUUCAAGGUACGGUACGGUAGAUGCUCUCGCAGGCGAAUGCGCCUCUGCCGUAUCAGUAUCAAAUUACCAGCCCGCUGAGUUGUUUCGAGUGUAGAAAAUGUUCUGGUGGAUUGGAGUGUACGUAGCCCUGGUGUGGGCCUACAACAAUUUCCUGGAAUCGCUUCUGUCCCUUCUAUGGGGAACCAUUCGGAGCUACGCCAUCUGGGAGAGGCUCUCCAUUCGCUAUGGAGCUUGGGCCGUGGUAACCGGCGCAACGGACGGCAUUGGCAAGUGCUACGCCGAGGAGUUAGCCCGCAAAGGCUUAAAAGUAAUGCUUAUCUCGCGAAGUGAGUCCAAGUUGAUAAAGGUGGCCGACGAAAUCUCGCAGAAGUACGGCGUCGAAACCCGUUGGAUUGCGGUGGAUUUCUCGGACGGGCCGCGCAUCUACGAUGACUUGCGCGAAAAACUUGCUUCGAUCGAUAUUGGAAUACUGGUGAACAACGUCGGUUAUCUGCCGGAGCUAACUCCGUUGGUACAUAACAGCGAAUCCGAUCUGCUGACCCUGAUCAAUCUGAACAUAGUGGCAACGACAAUGCUGACGCGAAUGGUCCUACCAGGGAUGAAACGUCGCGGCAGGGGCAUCGUGGUCAACAUGGCUUCCAGCGCCGGCCUCUUCCCCAUUCCGUACAUGACGGCCUACAGUGCCUCGAAGUCGUUCGUGAUUAGUUUCAGCCAAGGGCUUAGCCAAGAACUGCGUGGUAGCGGAGUCGAAUGUCAGGUUGUUUCCCCAUCGAUAGUGCGGACCAAUAUGGCGGAUCAGUACAAAGAGGGCAUUCCGUGGUACGUGGUCGUACUGGGACCGGAACAGUUGGCGAAAUUCGGAGUUUUUACCAUUGGAAAGACGAAGCACACCUGCGGCCAUUGGUUGCACUGUUUGCAGGUCAUUUGGUGGUCGCUCCUUCCGGUCACUCUGGCACUGCGAGUUGCUGGUGGUUUGUUUGUCAGAGGUGCAGAUAAAAAGAAAUGAUUCGGAAAAAAGUCAAACUUUUAGCAUAGGGUAAUUUAGUGAAACGGUUGCGACACAGUAUAGCAUAAAACUUCAUUUUAAGAUUAAGAACUUCAUAUAAACUGCUUUAUUCUACAUAUUUAGUUCACAUUAUACCGAACAAACUUCAUGGCGAUGGAAUGUCACGCUUCUUCUACCGACUGCCCAUUUUUAGAGAUAACCAUUACUCCAAAGUUUGUUUUAGAGCGUACCUUGUAGGAAUAGGUAAGGUAAGGUGUUUAAAGUACAAACAAGAUGAAAUGAAUAAAGUAAUACAAAAACUAAAUAUGUAUAA